AUGGAUCCAAUAGGAAGGGGAGCAGGAGUUUCGCCAUACGGCACUCCGCGUGGUUCUGGCGCUCAUCCUGCGUUAUCUUCUUCAUGGCGAGUGGGCUCACCUCUAGCUGAGGCUGCGCUGGCUGCAGACCUUGCCGCAUGCUCGGAUGAGGAGUAUGAUGAUAGUGCUAUCGACGACGAUGUCUCUGUAUCUGAUCUCCCGGGCGAUCCAAUUAUGUAUCGUCGUCCUAGCGGUGUUGCUUUUGGAGGCUCGCGGCCGAUAAUGAACCCUCAAAUAUAUGAUGAGCCAGGUUUGACGGCCUUAGAAAGGAAACAGUCUCGUAACGCUGAGCGCAGCCUACUUCGGGACAACCAUGUUCUCCCGCCAAAGCACGGGCACCGUCGGCAAGAUGGUUUCUUCUCUCGUGUCUACCAACGUCUUUUUAGCACGAAGAUACCGCAGGACGAGGAACAAGCGCCUAUUGUUUCAGUGCAGCCUCAUAGCGAAACGGACCCUCUCUUGAGUUCCAGAGUUGAUGCUGUAUCGUCUGGGCACCUUAAUGAAACAUGGGAUCAUGCGGUGGCCGAGCAUCGAAUCAAGACCACCUGGCAACGUGAAGCGAAGACUAUCGCAAGCUAUUCUGCGCCCCUCAUCGUCACCUUCCUCUUGCAAUACUCGAUUAAUGUCACCAGUAUCUUCGCCGUCGGGCGAAUUGGUAAACUUGAACUAGGUGCUGUGUCAUUGGCCAAUAUGACUGCGGCUAUUACUUGCCUGGCGCCUUUCCAGGGCCUUGCUACUUCUCUUGACACUUUGUGUGCACAGGCUUAUGGAUCUGGCCACAAGCAUCUUGUUGGACUGCAGUUCCAGCGAAUGACUUGCUUCUUAUUCGUACUUGCUGUGCCAGUUGCCGUGUUUUAUUGGUUUUCUGAAGGCGUCAUCAGAGCGCUUGUUCCGGAGCCCGAAUCAGCCCGUCUGGCUGGCAUGUACCUUCGGGUUAUGAUCUUCAGCAUCCCAGGAUUUAUUCUCUUUGAAGGUGGCAAGCGGUUUACACAAGCCCAGGGCUUGUUCCGCGCCACGACGUAUGUUCUCCUCAUUGUUGCGCCCUUCAAUGUCUUCCUGAGCUGGCUCUUGGUCUGGAAGUUGCAGUGGGGUUUCAUCGGAGCUCCUGCAGCUGUCGCCAUCAGCAACAACCUCCUCCCCAUAUUCCUCUUCUUGUAUGUUCGCUUUAUCAAUGGUCGGCAGUGCUGGGGUGGCUUUAGUCGACGGGCUCUUAGCAACUGGUGGAUUAUGAUUCGACUUGCUCUGCCUGGUAUGAUUAUGGUUGAGGCAGAAUGGCUCGCUUUUGAAAUCCUGACGUUGAUGGCGAGUCGAUUCGGCCCAGAAUAUCUGGCUGCGCAGAGUGUUGUGACCACCAUCACAACACUGUCGUAUGAAAUUCCAUUCCCUAUGUCUAUUGCUGCCUCGACUCGCAUUGCCAACCUCAUUGGAGCUGGCCUUGUUGAACCGGCCAAGAAGACGGGUGUUGCUUUCGUUGCCGCCUGUCUCAUCGGAAUGUUUAACCUUACUCUCUACACCACUCUACGCUAUAAGCUACCUCUGUUGUUCACCAAGGACGAAGACGUUAUCGAACUUGUUGCAGCAGUCAUGCCUAUCGUGUCAGUCAUGCAGGUAUUUGACGGACUUGCAGCAGGAGCCCACGGCUUGCUCCGAGGUAUCGGGAAACAAUCAAUCGGUGGUCCCGCCAAUAUCCUCUCGUACUAUGCCCUAUCACUUCCUAUCUCACUGGCUUUAGCUUUUGGUCUAGAUUGGAAGCUGGACGGCUUGUGGAUUGGAGUCACAUGUGGAACUAUCUCUGUCGCAUCGAUUGAGUAUAUAUACUUGUUCCGAACCGAUUGGCACAAGGCUGCUGAGGAGGCUGCAGUUCGUAACGCUGCUGGUUGA